AUUUGCAAGUUUCUCAUUCAUUUCAGCUAUCACUUGGGGUUCUGAGAUCUAAUACUAGAUUGACUAUAAACCGAAAGCAUGCCGCCGCGUUUCGCCAUUGGCCGGGCUGAUGAAGCCACCCACCCCGAUUCCGCACGCGCCACCUUGUCCGAGUUUCUCUCCACCUUCUUGUUCGUCUUUGCCGGCGAAGGCGCCCUCCUUGCUCUAAAUAAGAUGUAUGGCCCUGACCACGGGCUGGGAGCAGCGGGGCUGGUGCUCGUAGCGCUAGCUCACGCGCUAGCGUUGUUUGCCGCUGUGGCGUCGAGUUUAAACGUGUCCGGUGGACACAUAAACCCGGCGGUCACGUUUGGUACUCUUGUAGCCGGGAGAGUCUCGUUGGUUCGAGCCUUGUAUUACUGGGUAGCUCAGCUUCUAGGUGCUGUUGUCGCCUCGUUGCUACUCCGGCUAGCCACCGACGGCAUGAGACCCGUUGGGUUUACAGUUGCCGCGGGUGUCGGGAACUUAAACGCUUUAUUGAUGGAGAUUGUGCUAACAUUCGGGUUAGUUUACACCGUUUUCGCAACGGCAAUCGAUCAUAAACGAGGGACGUUGGGGACGAUAGCUCCCUUGGCGAUAGGGUUUAUAGUGGGUGCUAAUAUUCUGGUGGGAGGGCCGUUCGAUGGGGCGUCGAUGAAUCCAGCAAGGGCGUUUGGGCCGGCGUUGGUGGGGUGGCGGUGGAACAACCAUUGGGUGUAUUGGCUUGGGCCAUUUAUCGGGGCGGCUAUAGCCGGGUUGAUAUAUGAGUUUGGGAUCAUACAGCCGGAGGUGACGGCUCAUACGCACCACCAGCCACUGGCUCCAGAGGAUUACUAGUCAAGUCAUGUUUGGUUUUAUGUAAUAAAGUUGGGUUGGAUUCUGAGUUGUUUUUAUGUAAUAAAGUUGUGUGGUUUUGUGGUGUCA